AUGAGAAUAUUAAUUGUAAAUGGAUAUGGAAAAUCAGAAACUGGUAAACAAUAGUUUGAAAAGUAUUGUGGAUAGAUACGAAAAGUAAGCUAUUUAAAAUAGGGAUAGUUAUUUCUGAAUUAAAAAGAAUUAUUGGACACAGAGACAGAAUUUUUUUCUAGAGAUGCAAAUGAUUUAGAUGAAUUUCUAUACGAUUAAGAAUCUGGUUUUUCAAAAUAAGAAGCAGCGAAUUAAUUUAACUUUAUAGAUUUAGUUUUUAUAGAGAUAGAUGCUAAUUUAAGGCCAUGGUCGAAAUAUUUGAAAAAAGUAGAUGGAUGAAUAAUAAUUUAGGUGAUGGUUUUAAUUAGAAUGUGUUUAAGAACAAAUAAGGUUUUGUUAGCAACAGCAGGAGCUAUGUAAGCAUUAGUAUUUUUUGUGGCAACUAAUUUGGAAACUGUAAGAAUAAAAUUUUAAUAUAUUUAGCCAGUUGAAGUAGUAAAUGGUCCAUAGGGUGGUCCAUUAGGUGAUAUGAGUAAACUUUAAAAAUCUUUAGAUUAGAUUACUAAGAAUGAAUAUUUUUUAGAUAGUAUCACAGGAGAUUUGUAUGGAAUUUACUUUGAUAAGAUUGAAUCAUCAAAUUGUUGGAUUCCAAUUGCAAAUUGUGGGAUUCAUUCAAGAAGAGCAGUUGAAGAAUUUAAUACUGUUGGAAAGUAUAUGUUAUAAGCACCAGUUUAUAAACCUUAAAAAAUAAAGGAAAUUUAUGGAUUAUAUACAUCAACUUAAGAUGAGGAAAUCUGCAUGAUAAAAAAGAACUUUGUUCAACAUUACUUAUUUAAAGAUAUUAAUUAGGAAUUUUUAGUUCAUUCAAAACAUGCAUGGGAUAUCCAUCCAUUCAAUGUUUUAAAUCCAAAAAAAACAUUUGUUUAUUUAGCAGAUUCUCCAAAAGGGCCAUAAGUUAUAACAGUUAAUGAAAAUAUAGUAGGGUUAUAAUUUGAUAUUAAUCCAAAAUAUCCAGAAACAUAAUUAAUUUUAAGAAAUUUCAUAAUCCAUUAUUUGAUUUAAAUACGAUCUUGUAUCAAUAAACCAUUGUCAAUUUAAUAAGCUAAUAAUGAUCUAAGGAAAAAUAAAUUAGAUUUAGAAAAUAUGACUAAAUAAUAAGCAGAAAGUUAAUAGAAAGGUGAAAGAACAGCUUUUAAUUUUGAAGUGUUAACUAAAUUUAAGCAUGUUGGUUUUACAGGUAAAAAAGCAAAGAAAUUGGAGAUUGUUAUGAAUAAUGCUAUAAAUGAUUAAGGAUAAUUAUAAGAAGCAAUGAAAACAAUGAGAUAAAAAUAAUCUCCAAGAACAAAAUAAUCUACAGAAGAAAAUGAUUUGGAAAAAUCUAAAUUUGCAAAGUUCUCUACUAAAUUAAAUUAAGAACAUAAAGAUACAAGUGAAAAAUUCAAUAAGACAGCAGCUGAAAUCAGAUAAAUGUUGCAUCCAAACAUUGAUGAAUAAUUAUUACCUGAAAAUGAACCAUUAUGGGUAUAUUUAUAAUUUAAACUUUAUAGGUUCCUGGAAGUAUGAAUACUUCAAUGCUAGCUAGUUCUGGUUAGAGAAUUAGAUAAAGACCAUAAUCUACAACAUAAAGUCGUACAUUUAAAUUAACUAGAGUUUAAACAGCUAAAUCUAGAGUAUCGAAAGGUACAACUAAAGAGGAUUAUGAUUUAUGUAGAGAACAUCCAAUUGUUAGAUGUUCAUCUCCUUAUAUUACUAAUGUAGAAAGAGAUAGACUUGAGUAGAAAUAAAAAGAUAAAUAAAUAAUUGGACCUAGAAGUAUUAGAACUAGUGUUGUAAGCACAAUCAAAGGGGGAACUCCAUUUAUUUUGUAUGAUAAUCCCUAUAGUAAUCCAGCAGAUUAUAAACAUAGAGAUGAAAACAAAUCAAAAUGGGUUAGUGGUCACAAUUUUAGAGUUUGUUGA